CUGGGCUUCAUGGCGCUCUGGGUGACAGUAGUCCUGGCUCUCGCCUGCCUUGGUGGUCUUGCUGCCCCAGGCACAGUGCCAAGAUCCAGAAAUCCCCCUGUGGCCCUCAGGGAGCUUAUUGAGGAGCUAAGCAACAUCACACAAGACCAGAGGGCUCCCCUAUGCAAUGGCAGUAUGGUAUGGAGCGUGGAUCUGACAGCUGGCGGGUUCUGUGCAGCCCUGGAUUCCCUGACCAACAUCUCCAGUUGCAAACCCAUCUACAAGACCCAGAGGAUAUUGAACGGACUCUGUGACCGAAAGGCAUCAGCUGGGGUUUCCAGCCCCCCAGAUACCAAAGUUGAAGUGGCCCAGUUUAUUAUAAAGCUGCUCAGCUACUCAAAGCAACUUUACCGCCGCGGUACCUUCCACUGAAGAGAGAAACGCACAGAGACAGGCCCUGGUCAUCUCAGUGGUGGAGCCAUUUUUCUUUCUCACAUCAGACAUUUCUU